AUGGCUGAACAGGAUGAAGUUGCGACCAAGGUCCUGCGAAGGGCCCACGUUUCAAAGAUGACGAGGACACUGCAAAACCGCCUCGCACUGGCCAACGUCAAGAUGAAGAAUGGCUGGGAGAGCCUCAGCCUGGAUGCCAUUGAGCCCGUUCUCGACGGUGCCGAACGCAAGCGCAAGCGACCCGGCUCUAGCAACGAGGCCAUGUCCGAUGUCUCGAGCGUCUCUGAGCGCUUCUAUCAACCCAGCGUCCUCGACUCCUCUCCGCUCCAAGCCCCCAUCUUCUCAGACCAGGUCCGCCGCUCCGUCAGCCGGUCGGGGAGCAUCUACGGCGGCGAGAGCAAGCGGCCACGCUACGACCGCAGCAAACAGCCAGCAUCUAGCAACCACGCCCGCGUCAAAGUAAGAACAGCCACCGCUGCCGCCACCUCGUGGAAGAACAGCUUCCAGCUACCCGAAUCGUCGCCUGUUUACCAUCGCAGACAUGCUCGAUUUGGCCGUCAGCACGUCCCGAGCUUAUCCUUUGUUUCUGAAACAUCGACCAUAGCCGAUCAUCACCUUCACUCACCCUUGCUCUCCGAAGAUGACGACGAAGACUUGCCCAUUACAUCCUUUUCGCUCAACAGAUCGCACUUUCAGUCCUCGCCGCCGAGAGCCCCACGCACACCGCCCCCUGAUGUCGCUCGCUCAGCUCGUUUACGACAACGCGGAUUCAAUGCUGCUGGUGCAGCCCGGGAAGGCAAACAGGGCGGCAACGAUGCAAACCUGUUGAUGUACCUAGCCACGUCUCCUACACCCGUUCGCCCAGGCCACCAGAGGCCGCAGAUGCUCGCACCGUCGACCCCUCCGCCCAAAGCUACACCCCUCCCUUCAUCUAUGAUGUCUACACCCGGUGGUGGCGGCUCCCACUACGCUGGCUUCGGGCUGGCAACACCCUCGACCACCCUGAACUUUGCAGAGUUUUUGAACAUGUCGCCCAGUCCUGCCCAGGCCAACGCAUCAUGGAACCGCACACCUGUCGCAACUAGAACACCUGCUGCCGUGCGAGAAGCACGACGUAAUCUCAACUUCGAUACUAUCCUGCCUCCAAACGGUGACAAUUCACACAUGGAGCGCAUCGGAAAGGUAGAAGGCCUUGGCAUGGACCUCGGCGGUGAACUCAUCUCGUGACCGUCCACGUCAGCACAUGACAUACAUCACCAUCUGUUCCCAGCAACCGCUUGGAUAUGACCUCACGAUACCCGACAAGACUAUAAAACCUUUGGUACACUACACAGUUGCUGAUGUGUUGAUGCGACCGACUGGCAUCACUCUCUCUUGUUCAUUUACAUUUUGAAAAGCAUGGCGUUUAUGGAAGCGUUGUGAGACCGUGCCCCAUCACGGAUUUAUGGCAAGAUUUCAUGUCACAUCCGACAUACCCUUUGCAUCAUUGCAUACGUUUCUUACGUUUGUCCUUAUUCCCCAACUACCCCUCGGCGCAAAACCUAUUACCGCACGCGCUUUGUACCUUGCGCCCUUUUCGGUUUACCCUUGUUCACGCAAAUUUUAUAGUGACUGUAUUCUAUGCUCUUUUCUACGUUUUUUGUUUACUGCAGAGUUGCACAGCAGCACAUCGUUCGGCUAUCGGCAUUUCAAGACCGAACCUUCAGUUAGGCACCCAUAGGAUGCACUUGCGUUUGUGGCAUGAUCACAUAGGCGAAUAAUCAGAUGCAUUCAACAUUGA